UCUCAUUCCAAAAAUGAACAUAUAUCUUAAUUAUGUUUUCUUUUUUCCUUUUAAUUAUAAUAGAGCGCGCUGGGAGGUCUGUAUAAAGUCGAUGAAAUGCAAGUUGGAAAAUAGAGAUUCGGAGCUUUAAACAUGGAUUAUAUUCCUUCCAAUACACUCCAAUUUGACCAAGCUUUACAACAAGCUGAUGAGCUGUUCCAAAUCUCCUGCCUUCCCUACACAGAGCACACAACCCAAGAAAAUCAAGCACUCCCACCGACUCCAUCUCAAGAUGGUCGUGAUCUCACUUGCAGGCCAAAAUCUGGCCAGAAGCGCAGGGCAUCAAUAUCUUCAUCCAGUAUCACUUUUGGUGAAAUUGAAGAUGAGCAAAACCCAAAAGGCAAUAAGAAGAUCAUGCCUAGAGACAUUGAAAGGCAAAGAAGACAAGAAAUGGCCACCCUUUAUGCAUCUCUUCGAUCACAACUUCCCCUUGAAUAUCUCAAGGGAAAGAGGUCUAUAUCUGAUCAUGUUCAUGAGACAGUGAAUUACAUAAAACAUCUACAAAGCAAUAUCCAAGAGCUGCAUAAUAAGAGGGAUGGGCUGAAAAGGUCGUGCGAUACUUCAUGCUCUUCCAGUACAAUUUAUGAUUAUUUCAUAUUGAAUUUGGUGGUGAUUGCUUGA